AUCUCGGCCCUGGGGUCGCAUCUCGGCUUUUCGUUCGCGUUCACGGAGGUCUUUGCGUUUCUGAAAGAAGGUUUCGUUGGGAGGUUAAAGGUCAAUGCCGAGCUGUAGAGUAAGAUGUCUUAUGGUGAAAUUGAAGCAACAUUCUUGGGACCUAGAGAAGUAACAAGUGAACCACACUGUAAAAAAUUGAAGUCAACUGCAGAGUUUGAUGUUUUUCCCCAUCAUGGUGUUACUGGUUUUCACAGAAUCCAGGAGAAAGCUGGAAAUGAUUGGGUUCCUGUGACCAUUGUUGAUGUCAGAAGACAUGGUUAUUCUCAGGAGGAGAGAACCAAAAUUAAGGAUUUGCUGAGACCUUUGCACGAUGAGAUGCCUGGUAAUAGACCAGGUACUAUUGAAUCUGUUGAUUCACAUGUUUUACCGGAUGCAAGUCCUUCAUUAGUAUCCACAGAUGAUGGGAUAUAUAGCACAAGUAAAGCAUUUAUAGGACCCAUUUACAAGCCCCCUGAGAAAAAGAAAUAUAACGAAAAGAGGAGUGCGGCAGACACUCUCAAUGGUAUAAAAGGCAAAGGUGGGCAAGAGGAGAAACAGAAAUCCAACUCUAAAAAAAAAUCAGAGAUUGACAAUGAAUUAUUUCAGUUUUACAAAGAAAUUGAAGAGCUUGAAAAUGAAAAAGAUGAUUUGGAAAGCAGUUGUAAGGAAUCCGAACCUUCUCAGGAACAAUUUAUUCCAUAUUAUCAGAGCCAUAAUAAUGAUCUCUUAAAAUCUGACGACGAAAAGAAAGAUCUUAGUCAUGCUUUUCAGUCACACUGUGGUUAUGAACAGAACUUGGGGAAUGAACUAGGCAACUAUCCCUGUAAUGGACGGGUAAUACCUACAUUUUGUGACAUUUCAUUUACUUCCUUCAGGCCUGAAUGGCAGUCAGUGCAUCCUUUUAUGGUACCCCAUGGUCCCCCUCUUCCCAGUUUGAACUAUCAUCUUAAUAUUCAAAGAUUCAGUGCUCCACCAAAUCCUCCAUCAAAUAUUUUUCAUGUCCAAGGUGACUCUCUGAUGCGAAGUGGAUAUCAUGUAAAUAGUUGUCAUGUUAACUGGAAUUGUUUGACUUUUGAUGAGAACAAUGAAUAUACUGACUUUAGUGAGAAUAGCAGUAGUGUUCAUCCCUUUAGGAAUGGCUUCAGCCUGCAAGAUGAAUAUGUGAGUAAUGGUUUCUGUGAAAUCAGAGAAGGAUGCUGGAAAGAUUCUUCUUUGGACAAGCAUAAUGGAACAGACAGAUUUGUGAACCAGCAGUUUCAAGAGGAAAAGUUAAAUAAAUUGCAGAAAUUACUUAUUCUUUUAAGAGGUCUGCCUGGUUCUGGGAAAACAACAUUGUCUCGAAUUCUGCUUGGUCAGAGUCGUGAUGGCAUUGUGUUCAGCACUGAUGACUAUUUUCACCAUCAAGAUGGGUACAGGUAUAAUGUUAAUCAACUUGGUGAUGCCCAUGACUGGAACCAGAACAGAGCAAAACAAGCUAUUGAUCAGGGGAGAUCUCCAGUUAUAAUAGACAACACUAAUACACAAGCUUGGGAAAUGAAACCAUAUGUGGAAAUGGCCAUAGGAAAAGGAUACAGAGUAGAGUUUCAUGAGCCUGAAACUUGGUGGAAAUUUGAUCCUGAAGAAUUAGAAAAGAGGAAUAAGCAUGGUGUUUCUCGAAAGAAGAUUGCUCAGAUGUUGGAUCGUUAUGAAUAUCAAAUGUCCAUCUCUAUUGUAAUGAAUUCAGUGGAACCGUCGCACAAAAGCACACAGAGACCUCCUCUUCCACAAGGGAGACCGAGGUGGGGAGGCUCUCUAGGCUCACAUAAUGAAGUCUGUGUCUCAAAUAAUCAUUGAGUUGGCCAUUUGUGUGCCCUUGAAAAAAAUUAGUGAGCCUGUCUCAAAGCUUAAAUAGUUUCAAAUUAAAAAAGACUAUGUUGCAUCACAAAGAAUGUUCCCAGCAAGUUGUUUAAAUUCUAAAGUGUAAAUAAAAUUAUAUAAAGUGUAUUUUAAA